GUCCGCAAACCUACCACCGCCGCCCGUCUGCCCUCCCAUCGCUGGCCCAAAGCCUAGUUUUCUAGUUGCGGCCGCACCUGCCGUCGUCGAUCUGCGGCGGCGCCGCCGUCAAUCGCCAGGCGUUCUUGUUGCCUUCGUCGAGGAGUUCAGCACAAUGGAAGCAUGUGAUGCAGAACUAAUUAACAUGGAAACAACAACACCUAUUAGAAGGCACAGGAAAAAGAAAUCAAUGGUAUGGGAACACUUUACUGUUGAAACUGUAUCUGAAGGAUGUACACGGGCAUGCUGCAAACUCUGCAAACAAACUUUUGCGUACAGCAAUGGCUCAAAGGUAGCUGGUACUAGUCAUCUCAAAAGGCACAUUUCCAUGGGUUCCUGCCCGAAAAUUAAAAGUCUUGAGAGGCAACAGCUUGCUAUUACUUCAGGUACAAAAAUUGAUGUAGACACAACUGACCCGCCCAAAAAACGUUAUAGAACAUCUUCCUUUGGGUAUGGUUUUGACCAGGAACAAAGCUGCACAUUUCUUGCAAAGAUGAUAAUUCUGAAUGGAUACCCUCUCGACAUGGUUGAACAGCCUGCAUUUGUGUCGUUCAUUCAGAGUAUCCAGCCACGGUUUAGGAUGGUCAAUGCCAAUGCCUUGGAAGGUGAAAUUCUAUCUGUAUAUCACAAGGAGAGAUUGCAUCUCAUGCAGAUCUGUGGAAAUAUGCCUGGAAGAGUCAGCCUCACUGUUGGUCUGUGGACCACUAGUCAAACUCUUGGGUAUAUUUGCCUUACUGGACACUACAUCGAUAGCGAUUGGAAGCUGCAAAGAAAGAUGCUUAACUUCAUGAUGGUAGUUUCUCCUCAUUCUGAAAUUGCUCUUAGUGAAGUCAUUAGUGUUAGCCUCUCGGAGUGGAAUAUGAAAACUAAGUUAUUUGCUAUUACUGUUGAUAACAGUUCUUUAUCGCAUGAUAUCUACAGUGCUAAUCUUAAAGAUCAUCUUUCAAAGAAGCACACAGUGGUACUGAGAGGUCAGUUGUUUAUUGCACGUUGUUAUGCUAGUAUCCUUAAUCUAGCUGCGGAUGUUGUGACAGCUUCAAUUCAUGGUAUCAUAUACAACAUUCGGGAGAGUGUGAAAUUUGUAAAAGCAUCUCGAGCACGGGAUGAACAAUUUUCUGAGAUUGCCUCACAAAUUGGACUUUCGGGCACCAAAGCACUGUCUCUCGAUGUUAGAAUGCUAUGGAACACAACUUAUCUCAUGCUUGAUGCUGCUCUGGAGUAUAAAGAGGCAUUCACUUCCUUAGGUGCACGUGACGAUAACUAUAAUGAAGCACCGUCAGCUGAUGACUGGAAGAAGGUGGAGGUUGUUUGCACAUACCUGAAACUUUUAUAUGACUCUGCAAACAAUGUCAUGGGAACACCAGACCAGACUUCAAAUAUAUUUUUUCCAGAAGUAUAUAAGAUCCUGCUAGAGCUUGUCAAUGCGACAUCAAGUGUAGAUCCUUUGGUGAUCAGCAUCGUGAAGCAGAUUCAUGAAAUGUUUGACAAGUAUUGGAGAGAUUGCAGCAUUGUCUUGGCAAUUGCCGUGGUUAUGGACCCUCGUUUCAAGUUGAAGCUUGUUGAAUUUAGUUACUCAAAACUUUACGGUGAAGAUUCUGCCAGAUACGUAAAGAUAGUGAAUAAUAGUGUCCACGAGUUAUAUCUGGAGUAUGUUUCCCAACCACUUCCAUCAACACCUUAUGUAGAUCAAGGUGAUGAUAACCACAUGAAUGGCGUCGACAGCAAUCUAUUUUCAUCUCCAAAUGUGAAUGGCUAUGAGCUUUUGAACUUUGAUAUCUAUCUCUCUGAGACAGUAGCAAAUGAAUUGACAAAGUCCGAGUUGGACCAGUACCUGGAAGAGUCCCUUGUCCCUCGUUCUCAUGGCUUUGAUAUCUUGAACUGGUGGAAGCUCAACAAUAUUAGAGAACUUGAUGAAUACCGGAGUUCUUUACGACCUGAGACGGUGGAGGCCCUUUUAUGUGCUAAAGACUGGCUCCAGUAUUCGCCCAUCACGACAGAACAACCAUCAACUGCGAUACUCAAAAUGGAACUCUAGGUAAUCAAUCCAUGGCACUGCACUGCAGAUUUGCAUUGUACAAAUUUGCAUGCUGAAUUUAAUUAAACCUGUAUGAUUCCGUAAAUAUUUUACUGAUUAGAAAAUGAGGAGCAGGCGAAGGAGUAGAAAAUGAGGUUGUAGGACAACAAUAACAAAAAAAAAAACAUCCUCGUCAUUAGUUAUGAUCAACUGAGAUGUACAGUAAACUACCAUAUUUACUGCAAGUGAGCUCUAAACGAAAUUGUAGCUAGCAAUUAUGUGAGCUAGACUUGUUUGAAUUUAUUAGAUCAGAUUUUAUCGGUGUAUUGGUAUAUCGUUAGUAAUAUUUGAAUCAAGUAGAUCAUUUUUUUUUCUCUUCUGGAUGCAGUUCUAAAGAUAGCUAUGCUUGUACCAAAUCAGAUUGCUAGAUAAAUGUGUUUGAGCUUGCCUACUAUGCACUAUCAUUAUUGGGUUGCUUUGUUUGACUGUCUAUGUCAAUCGAUCUGUUAGCAACAUGUUCAUCUUCAGACCUGAGCACUUAUAUGUGUCUCAUGUGAACCAUAGCGGUCGAAGAGUGUCGAGCAUUGACACUCGUCGAUAUUACUUUGCGUAUGGUUUGUGGUAGUUAACAAAGUUAUUGCACUCAUCGAUAUAAUGUGCUAUCAUUAGGUAGAAAGUUGUCGCAUUGGUUUAUUGAGUAGGACGGGUAGUUGUUAGCGAUGGUACAUUGUGUUGGUUGAGAUAAUGUAUAGUUAGUGCCAACAUCCAACAACCAAGAUAGUUGAUUCACAAGCAUUUCUUUUCAUAUUUUCCAUACGAUUACAUUUCCUUUGCAAAUUUCAUUCUAAGACUAGUAGAAGGCUUUUGGCGUUUGGAUUAUGCACAUUUGAAAGUUUCCUAUAUCGAUCAUAGAUGAGAUAUAACAUGACCCACAUAGUUACUAAAGCUCAACUAAUUUGCAUGAUAAAGCACUAAAAGCUCAUCAAACAUUCAUGUGCUCAACAACUAACAAUUGAAACUAAGUCUUUAGAGCAUUACACUACCACAUCUCAUUUGACAGGGGAAGCAAUUUAUCAGAUGGCAUAAAAGCUAAGAUGAACAAUAAACUGAGCAAGCAUAUCGGCAACAACAACACCACCAUAGGCGGCGGGGGCAACGACGGCAGCACCAACGGAAGCAGCAACAGUGCUACAGUGAUGCUAACAAGCACCACAAGCUUCGCCCUACUGAAAUACUCCGAUAAGAAGCUUCCCUCCACUUCUCCUCCUCCAUGGCUACUACUCCUAUUGUUACUACUCGAGCAAUCCUCAUCCUUGUCCUCCAUCAAG